AAAAUUGAAUUUGGGCCAAAAAACCCAGUCGCUCGUUGCAUUGAUACACAUAAGCCCUAAUCGGUAGGUUUAUAGAGUUGAAGUUUCUGCGCAGCGUAAAUCUCUUGCAGAGGAGAGAAGAAACCACGCCGCAGCCAUGGGAAGAAGACCUGCAAGGUGUUACAGACAAAUUAAAAACAAGCCUUACCCCAAGUCACGUUUCUGUCGUGGUGUUCCUGAUCCCAAGAUCAGAAUUUACGAUGUUGGCAUGAAGAAGAAGGGUGUUGAUGAGUUUCCUUUCUGUGUUCAUCUGGUUAGUUGGGAGAAAGAAAAUGUUUCAAGUGAGGCACUGGAAGCUGCUAGGAUUGCUUGCAACAAAUACAUGUCCAAAUUUGCUGGAAAGGAUACAUUCCACUUGAGAGUCAGGGUACAUCCAUUCCAUGUUCUUAGGAUCAACAAAAUGCUUUCAUGUGCUGGAGCUGAUAGGCUUCAGACAGGUAUGAGAGGUGCAUUCGGAAAGCCCCAAGGUACUUGUGCUAGAGUGGCUAUUGGGCAGGUCCUUCUUUCGGUCCGUUGCAAGGACAGCAACAGCCAUCACGCACAGGAGGCCCUUCGUCGUGCUAAGUUUAAGUUCCCUGGUCGUCAAAAGAUCAUUGUUAGCAGGAAGUGGGGAUUCACCAAGUUUAACCGUCCUGAUUAUCUGAGGUACAAGUCAGAGAAUAGGAUUAUGCCUGAUGGUGUGAAUGCAAAGCUUCUUGGAUGUCAUGGACCAUUGGCUAACCGUCAACCUGGAAGAGCCUUUUUGAAUGCCAGUUCUAAUGCUUAGGCUUGUCUGUUAUGUUGAAAUAUUAGAGUUUGUAUCACAUUGGUUUUCCAAGAGUGAAUUUGAAUUUGUUACUUUGUCUGCCCAUUAUAUUAAACUGAGUUCAGUUAAUUUCCUAUUUGAAGACAAACUGAAAUGGAUGAUUAAUGUUAUAUUUUGUUUACUUAAAAUUUCUCAUUUUCUGCAUUUGA